CAGCUCUUGGACUGGAGCAAGGGGAUAAGAAUCACCAGCAAAUUGAAAAGCACAAAGCUGCAAGAUGUCGGGCCGAAGUGGGAAGAAGAAAAUGUCGAAACUCUCACGCUCAAGCAGGGCGGGCGUUAUUUUCCCUGUGGGGAGGAUGAUGCGCUACUUAAAGAAAGGAACGUACAAGUACCGGAUAGGUGUUGGAGCACCAGUUUACAUGGCAGCCGUCAUAGAGUACCUAGCAGCUGAAAUUCUAGAAUUAGCGGGAAAUGCAGCACGAGACAACAAGAAAGGAAGAAUUGCCCCCAGACACAUCCUCCUGGCAGUUGCAAAUGAUGAGGAAUUGAAUCAGUUGCUAAAAGGUGUGACUAUUGCAAGUGGAGGUGUCCUGCCCAGAAUUCAGCCAGAGCUUCUAGCCAAGAAACGGGGUGCCAAAGGCAAAUCUGAGACCAUCCUUUCACCUACUCCUGAGAAGAAGGGAAGGAAAUCCAUGGUGAACAAAAAGAGUGGGAAGAAGGCAAAGUCUACCAAGGCCCGGACACCCAAAAAGAGCAAACAAAAGGACAGUGAAAAAGAAGGAGCUUCAAAUUCAACAUCUGAAGAUGGACCUGGGGAUGGUUUCACUAUCUUGUCCUCCAAGAGCCUUGUGCCAGGACAAAAGCUUUCUCUGACACAGAGUGACAUCAGCCAUAUUGGCUCCAUGAAAGUAGAAGGCAUCGUUCACCCUACAACUGCUGAAAUAGACCUCAAGGAGGAAAUAGGUGAGGCUCUGCUACACGCAUUGGUGAAAGAGUUUUUAGAAACGGUGAAAGAGCUUCGCAAAUCUCAAGGACCUUUGGAAGUUGCUGAAGCUGCACUUACUCAGUCUAGCGGCCUAGCAGCAAAGUUUGUCAUCCACUGUCACAUCCCACAGUGGGGCUCAGACAAGUGUGAAGAGCAGCUUGAAGAGACUGUAAAGAACUGCUUAACAGCCGCAGAGGACAAGAAGUUGAAGUCGGUGGCUUUCCCCCCGUUUCCCAGUGGCAGAAACUGCUUCCCAAAACAGACGGCAGCCCAGGUGACUCUAAGAGCUAUUUCCACCCAUUUUGACGGCACCAGCUCUUCCUCCUUGAAGAACAUUUACUUUCUGCUCUUCGACAGUGAAAGUAUUGGCAUCUAUGUGCAAGAAAUGGCCAAGCUAGACACUAAGUAGCAACAGCAGCCAAAUGAAACUUUAUUUUUCAACAAACUUGAGUAGCAUUAAAAGCAUUAGAGGUGGGUUUUAUUUUUUCAAUGUGAUGAGGAGGGGGAGUGGUAGUAGUGUGAUGUGUUGUGACUUGAUGAAGAGCUAUGACUAGAGAUGAGAGGGGGUUAGUCCGAUUUCUUCAUGCUGUCAGCAUCCUCUAGCCAUUUAUAUCAUCUUAAGCAAUUGAGUUACCAUCUCUUUUCAGGAGUUUGUUUAGUGUCCCCUGUUACUUUAGUUUAGCAGUUUUUAAAGAGUAACCUCAUUUUAGAUUUGUAGUGAUGAAUUUUUCACACACACACACACACUUUAAACAAAGCUCUUAAAAAUGUUCUGCUCCUUUUUCCCCUCCCUUGAGGGUAGAUGGUAAACUUCUGCCUCCAGCCCACAGAGAGGGGAAAAGGAUUUUAGAAGUGAUGCAUGAGGAGCUUCUGUUUUGCUUUUAAUUCGCAAUAAUCUGUAAUUACUGAGAAUAUUUCAUGGUGAUUUUGUUUGUUUUAUAAGAAAAAAAGAAAAA